ACGUGAUACCUAGCGACAUCGCUGUAAGACGCGUUACCAAGCGAUAGUUUCCAGGGCGACCAAACACAGCGGCCAUGUGACCGUACACCCGAGGGUGAGUGUGACCUCAAGACCCGUCCCCUGGAGCCUGUAUAAUAAGAACGUGGUGAAGGAACAGAAGGAAACAUUUGCAGAUUGCAAUAUGAAAUCCUACUAGUCACACAGUUGUAUUGUCUGAAGAAUGAAGAAGCUGAACUCCGAGCCCCUGCCCAAGAGGGGGGACACCUUGUAUAGUGUCAGCCAGAUGCCUGAUUUUCCUCAGAAUAUACAAGGCCAUAGCCGUGCUGGCUUACUAGACAUUGCCGAACAGUACCUGAAGGAUAGGAUUCAACAAGGAGAUAAACAGGCCCAUUUUCUUCUAGGCCAACUUUGCUUUGAGGAGGGCUGGUAUGAAGAUGCAUUAUUGCACUUUGAAAAAGUCAAAGAUGAGGAUUAUCAGGCAUUAUACCAAGCUGGAGUGAUGUAUUAUGAUGGUCUGGGAACUCAAGAAGAUCAGAGGAAAGGAGUGGAAUACAUGAAGAAGAUUAUCAGCUCCAGUAGCCAUGGAGCUAAACACCUAAAAUACGCAGCUGCUUACAAUCUUGGGCGAGCGUGUUAUGAAGGCUGCGGGAUGCGUCACUCUGACGAAGAAGCAGAGAGGUGGUGGCUUAUAGCAGCAGAUAAUGGAAACCCCAAAGCCAGUGUGAUAGCCCAGAGUGUGCUAGGAAAGUUUUAUUCCCGACCACCCAGCAAGAAUCUGCGAAAGGCUUUCUUCUGGCAUUCAGAAGCCUGUGGUAAUGGCAGUGUGGAGUCGCAGGGAGCUCUCGGGGUCAUGUAUCUCCAUGGCCUGGGAAUACAGAGGAACAUGCACUUUGCCCUGGAGUGCCUGAAGGAAGCAGCAGAGCGUGGAAACGUGUAUGCACAAGGGCAUCUGGUCGCCUACUACUACAACAGGACAUUGUACACAAAGGCUGCAGAGCUAGCCAAGAAGAUUGUGCAAUAUGAUAACAUUUCCCUACAAGUAGAUGCAGAAGAUCGUCUUCCUGCGUACACAGCCAAAGGAAUUGCUAUGGCCAACUUCUACCUUGCCAGAUGUCUUCACCUUGGUUUGGGCAUGAAGCCAGACACUUCUGCUGCAAAACAACACUACAGAAAGGCGUUCUUGAUGGAUGCAGAUGUUACCAAUGAUCUCCAGUGUGAUGUAAUUUAUGGAAAGGACAUGCCAUAAAAGUCUAUUGGAUGCUAGUGCCAGCUCUGGGACCCGCACCUGUCUCCAGAACUGGGUUUCUCCAGUCCCAGCCAGGAAUUGGAUACAGUGAAGCCGGCACUGUGAACUGCGGUGCUCGUGGAUAAAACAACUGUAGAAUAGAUGCAAGAAUCCCGGCACUCAAUGAAGGGCGGAACGUGUGCUGCGUUUGACUUUAUGCUGAAAUAAAAGGACGGAUUGCUUAAAAAAAAAAAUUGAGUGCUGGGAUUCUUUAAUCUAUUCUACAGUCAUAGCCAGGGACUGAGCAGAUAGGCAGCCGGAAUUACAGAUAUAUCCAAAUUUAGACAUUUAGGUCAUAUCCAGUGAAUAUGCCAUAAAUGUAUAGGCUGGCAAUAACCCUUUAAUUCCCAUCACAGUCAUCGAUGAGGCGGUAAAACAGAAAUUAGUUCAUUUUUUAUUGCUUACAAAUAGUUUAAAUAAUGGGCAGUCUUUGGUAAAAAUAAAAGCAAUAAAGAGUAAAAUAUUCACAAUAACAUUACAUAAAGUAUUGCACAAAACAUUCUUCAAUACACCGGAAAUAAUAAAGGAAUGUUCGAGAUCCUCAAUGAGGAAAUGAUCUGUACAACAUUCAGUUUAGUCUCGCCACUAUCUUAGAUAUCUCUCCUUGAAUGUCAUGUAAGUCCAGUGCCCAAUGAUCCACUGAACAGGUUAAAAGAUGUCCCCUUUACUCAAAGGGGUACUCUGCUGCUCAGCUUUUGGAACAAACUGUUCCGAACGCUGGAGCCGGGAGCUUGU